CGUGGCCGAGGUGGGUCCCGCGGCCCACGGGAAAUCCCCGGGCGACACCGGUCCGGGGGUCCUGGGGGAGCCCCGGCCCGCGAGCUCGGCCCCCCCCCUCUCCAGGUCCCUCCAUCCCGGUCGGGGUGCUCUGCCUGCGCCCUCCGACCGGAGGGUCUCCCCGGUAAAGCGCUGCCCAUCGGUACCACCACGGGGUCUUUGAUGGCGUAUCCCGGGGCAUCUCCCCAAAAGUUCGUGCUGUGCACGCGCGGGGUGACUCGCUCUGCAGCUGCCAUGUCUUUGCUCCGGGGAAAAAAAACUCUCACACCGAUAACCUUUUGGGUGCUUGUUCUGCCUCACAGUGUGGGGAAAUCUUUCGAAAUGCUAUUUGUUCUCUAUGGUCCUUUUCUUUGGAGCUUCAGAGCCUUCUGAACUUGUUAAUUAAGCGUUGUUGGAAUGGGCUGGAAAUACCAAUUUUUCUGUAUUUAACAGAUAAGGGAAACUGAGGCUGGGAUGUGCCAGGACUCGCCCAGCGGCAGCCAGCAGAUCUGGCGCAGCCAUGGCACCCGCAGAUCCCGGUUCUGAAACUGUAACUUACCUGAUGUUUCUAAUAAAAUGAACAGUUUGUUACAUUUUUGUAUCCCCUCUUCUUCUGGAGACUCCACACUUCGCUUGUGUAGCUGAGACUCCCCUCCCUAGACCUGACAGGCGGGCAAUGGUGCGGUCUGAGAAGGAAAAGGGGUAAUGGCCCAGCAUGUCACGUUUGAUGCAGUGUCUUUGAGUAGAGGGUGUUGUGGCCUGUAGUUUUGUUUUCCCUGAGCCCCGUUGACCUGUAGCUACCCCCUUUAAGAGCCAGUGCUCUGGUGUGGACUGGCUUUUGCUUUUGGUGAGGACAGCUCCAAACUGGGAACUCUCUGUGCAGGCGUUGGGAUAACCAUGUUCUGUGAGUCAGUGCUGCCCUUAAGCCAGGCUCAGGUUCCCCCACUGAGGAAUAAGUUACCAGAGCCAAGUUCUCUUUCCUCGAGGCAGCUGUGGGGUCUGUGUGGGGGCACUCCCUCACCCGGCAGCCUCGGCAGGGUCAGGGCCUGGCUGAGGUUUCUGUCGUAGAUGUUUUUCUUCUGGGUUUUUUGCACGUUAGAGGACCCAAACGCUGGCGUUACUGGUGGCAGUGAUGGCAGCUGGGCAGAGCAGAGCGUGGCGGCUGCUGAACAAAAUGCCUGGGUGCUGCACAAGGUUUGAACUCGGCCUGCUGGAGCUGUGGCCCAGGGGAGCUGCAGGUUGGGUUCCUGUGGACAUGCUUCCCUCUGGGCCCGCGGUUCUGCUGCCAGGUUGGUUUAAUGUGACAAACUGUGCGUGGAACUUGAAGCUGGAGGAGACAUAGCAGUGGUGAGCAAAAAUAAAUAAUGUGGGGAAGAAGCCUGUGAGGAGGGGGUGGCUGGGGGCUGUCUGCUUCCCCCUCGGGGUGCUCUUCCCCCACACCUUGGGGUCUCCUGGUGGCCGCACAGGUUGCUUGGAUCAUUUCCUGAUAAGAGACCUUGGCACUGUGUAGUAGGAAAACUGUCUUAUUAGGUUGCCAUAAGGUGUGGGUGACCACAAAGGGGGGACUUCAGGGGUUUUGUGGGGAACUGUGGGAGCAAUGGCCCAAAAUCUUGCCUAUGGAGAAAGGCUGGGCACAGGUGGGAGCAGGCACGGUGGGUAUGCGUCCAGUGCAAGGCAAUAGUGGGGUCUCCCUGCUCUCAGGAACCAUUUCUCACUCAGUUGGGUAUUUGUAGACUUCCGCAGGAGAUUCCCCAGUGUUUCCUGGGCUGUUUGCUAAUGCUGCUGCUGAGCCUCCCUGCCUGGCACACGGGGUCUCUCCCUGUGCUGCCCUGCCCGCGUGCACAGGACGGAUUGUCCCGCUCAGCUUUCCUCCCUGCUGUCACGCUCCAUCCAUGGCUCCUUCCCCUGUCCCAGGCGCCUGGAGCAGGCCCUGCUGCUUUGGGGGAAGGCUUCUCGCUCUUGGUAUUGAAAUACAAAACUGUGGGUUCUGCAAUUAUUGAGAUUUUGGGGGCUUGGAAGUUGUGAGUCCUGCCAAAUGCCGUGGGAUGUCUCUGGCAUCCCUUGUGCCUGGAAGGCUCUAGGCAGGGUAAAAGACUCAAUGCCAAUCCCCUUCUAAACCACCUCCCCUAACCCCCAGCUUGGGCUCUGCCCUGAGGCCCAGGGUGAGGUUAGAAAACUCCACUUGCUUUGGAUGCUGUUGGCCUGAACUCUUCCUGGGAUUUUUUGCCUCAAGCAGUUAUCUAAUGAUGUUACUGGCUGUUCCUUGCUGACAUCUAGUUCACUUUUUGGGUAUGUUUUUAAUCCAGAAUACUCAGAACAAGCAAACUUAAUAUUUCCAGUUUUGGGGAAUAACUGAAGUAUGCAAAAAUAGGCAGUUCUGCAAGGGUGGGUUUUCUUUUAAAAAAAAAUAAUUCCAUAGACCUGUAGCACCACUUAUUCUUGGAGUGCUUUUGCUUUCCCUGCUGUGCUUUGAAGGCAAGAAAGGAGAAGGGGAAGUGGUUGAUGUGUCUGAGGCUCUGAGAUGCUCUGUUCUCCAAGUGAAUUUUCUUUGGUGCUUUCUUCAAGCACUCCUGCUCCGUUUGAUGGCCACAACCUCAACAUGAGCUCGUGGCAAAGCCAUGCCCAUUCACACAUGUGUUUCAACAGCAACUCGUUAAACCCUUUGUCCCAAGUCCAGGGAACGACUUCAAACUGAAGGAGGGUUGAUCUAGGUUAGCAAAGGAAGAGGGUUUUUUACAGUGGGUGGGCAGGCCCUGGCACAGGUUGCCCAGAGAAGCUGUGGCUGCCCCAUCCCUGGAAGUGUCUGAGGGCAGGCUGGACGGGGCUUGGAGCAACCUGGGCUAGUGGAAGGUGUCCCUGCCUGUGGCAGGAGGGUGGGACUGGAUGAGCUUUAAGGUGCCUUUCAACCCAAACCACUCUUGACUCUAUGAUUCUAUUCCUGCUCCUGAGGCCCGAUUGCUCCCACCUGGAUGCAGGAAAUGUUUCAUUUGGAACACUCUGCCGUAGAAUUGGCAGGGAAACCUCAAGAAGUGCAAGUGGCUGUUUUGUGCUGGGAGCACACGGUGAUGGCAGCCUGGCCUGCCGUGGUUUUAGGGAAGUGGUGGGGAGGGUGGGGACCCGGGACGGGUGUUCUGACUGUGUUGCCCAUAUAAUUGUUCAGUCCUGGUGCUGCCUUUUGGUUUUGGUUUCUAACAGUCUGUUCUCUCUUCUCCCCUGACCCACCACAGAGUUCUACCUUGUAAAUACUGUUAUUUGUAUAUACUGUAAAUGAUGACAUCGGUGGGCACUAACCGAACCCGGGGGAACUGGGAGCAGACACAGACACAGAGCCAGACGCAGCACAAGCAGCGGCCGCAGGCCACUGCGGAACAGAUUCGACUUGCACAGAUGAUUUCGGACCACAAUGAUGCUGACUUUGAGGAGAAGGUGAAACAACUGAUUGACAUCACAGGCAAGAACCAGGACGAGUGUGUGAUUGCUCUGCAUGACUGCAAUGGGGAUGUCAACAGAGCCAUCAAUGUGCUGCUGGAGGGCAAUCCGGACACGCAUUCCUGGGAGAUGGUCGGGAAGAAGAAGGGUGUCUCAGGACAGAAGGAGAGCGGACAGACAGAGCCCAGUGAGGAGAGCAAAGAAAACCGGGAGCGGGAGCGGGAUUUCAGCAGACGACGUGGCGGGCCACCGAGGCGGGGGCGAGGUGCCAGCCGUGGAAGAGAGUUUCGGGGCCAGGAGAACGGACUAGAUGGUGGGAAGAGUGGAGGAUCUUCUGGAAGAGGCACGGAAAGAGGGAGGCGGGGACGUGGCCGAGGCCGAGGUGGCUCUGGACGGCGAGGUGGAAGAUUUUCUGCCCAAGGCAUGGGAACUUUCAACCCUGCUGACUACGCUGAGCCAGCCAGCACGGAUGAGAACUACGGGAAUAGCAACAACAACACAUGGAACAACACUGGGAGCUUUGAGCCGGACGAUGGCACAAGACUUGAUUUCAUUGGGGGUGAGGGGUCAAAUUAUCCCCGAAAAUUUGACACUGCUCCUGGUGCGUGGAGGGCAGCGACAGAAGAAUGGGGCACGGAGGACUGGAAUGAAGAUCUGUCAGAGACAAAGAUCUUCACUGCCUCCAACGUGUCUUCAGUGCCUCUGCCUGCUGAGAAUGUGACAAUCACAGCUGGACAAAGAAUCGACCUCGCAGUCCUGCUAGGAAAGACACCCUCUUCUAUGGAGAAUGAGUCAACGAACCUGGAGUCAUCCCAGACUCCUUCUCUGGCCCAGCCACUGGUGUUCAGCAAUUCCAAGCAGACUGCUCUGUCCCAGCCUGCCUCUGGAAAUUCCUUCUCUCACCACAGCAUGGUGAGCAUGCUGGGGAAAGGGUUUGGAGAUGUCGGGGAGGCCAAAGGCAGCAGUACCACAGGGUCUCAGUUUCUGGAGCAGUUCAAGACAGCCCAGGCAUUGGCUCAGCUGGCAGCUCAGCACACCCAGCCUGCUGGGAGCACCACUGCUGCUUCCUGGGACAUGGGAUCCACCACGCAGACCUCGUCUCUGGUGCAGUACGAUCUCAAGAACCCAACAGACUCUUCCGUGCAUAGUCCCUUCACUAAGCGUCAGGCCUUCACGUCAACUUCCACCAUGAUAGAAGUGUUUAUGCAGGAGAAACAGCCUGUGGUGACGGCCUCCACAACCACACCGGCACCCCCAUCCUCUCCGCUGCCCAGCAAAACCAAUCCUGUGCCCCAGAUGUCCCCAGGGUCCUCGGAUAACCAGUCCUCAAGUCCCCAGCCAGCACAGCAGAAGCUGAAGCAGCAGAAGAAAAAAGCAUCAUUAACAUCAAAGAUUCCUGCACUUGCAGUGGAAAUGCCUGGCUCAGCGGAUAUCUCAGGGCUAAACCUGCAGUUUGGGGCAUUGCAGUUUGGUUCAGAGCCUGUUCUCGCCGAGUACGAGUCGACGCCCACGACCAGCGCCGCCGUUAGCCAGGCUCAGAGCAGCCUGUACACCAGCACGGCCAGUGAAUCUUCAUCCACGAUUUCGUCCAAUCAAAGCCAGGAGUCUGGUUACCAGAGCGGCACAAUACAGACAGCAACAUUUACCUCCCAGAACAGCGCUCAGGGACCACUGUACGAACAGAGAUCCACCCAGACGAGGCGAUACCCCAAUUCCAUCUCCUCCUCGCCCCAGAAAGAUCUGACCCAGGCUAAGAAUGGAUUCAGUUCUGUACAGCCCACGCCAUUACAAACCACACAGGCCGUUGAAGGUGCUACAGGCCCCGCAGUGAAAUCCGAUUCCCCCUCUGCUCCCAGCAUCACACCUCUCAAUGAUGGGGUGUCUGCGUCGUCCUUGCUGACAACAGCCAGCCAACACUCGACGGCUCUGAGCAGCCUGAGCCACAGUGAGGAGCUCCCCAGUACAACCACUGCCCAGCUCAGCAGUGCAUUACCCACCCAGCAGAACAGUCUGUCCUCAUCCACAUCCUCUGGGCGAACAUCAACUUCAACUCUCCUGCACACGAGUGUGGAGAGUGAAGCGAGCCUCCAUUCUUCUGCUAGCACUUUCUCCACCUCCUCCAGCACGGUGUCGGCCGCGCCGCCGGUGGUCAGCGUCUCCUCCAGCCUCAGCAGCGUCAGCAGCCUGGGCCUCAGCCUCAGCAGCAACUCCACGGUGACGGCCUCCACUCGCAGCUCCGUUGCAACAACAUCAGGAAAAGCCCCUCCUAAUCUCCCUCCUGGAGUCCCACCGUUGUUGCCCAAUCCAUACAUCAUGGCUCCAGGGUUGCUACAUGCCUAUCCACCACAGGUGUACGGAUACGAUGACUUGCAAAUGCUCCAGACGAGAUUCCCAUUGGAUUACUACAGCAUCCCAUUCCCUACACCCACCACCCCGCUGACUGGAAGAGAUGGCAGCCUGAGCAGCAAUCCGUACUCUGGUGACUUAACAAAAUUUGGCCGAGGUGAUGCCUCUUCCCCUGCUCCUGCAACAACUCUGGCACAGCCUCAGCAGAGCCAGACCCAGACCCAUCACACCACGCAGCAGACGUUCCUGAACCCGGCGCUGCCUCCUGGCUACAGUUACACCAGUCUGCCGUACUACACAGGGGUACCAGGGCUCCCAAGCACCUUCCAGUAUGGGCCCGCCGUGUUCCCUGUUGCUCCUACCUCUUCCAAGCAGCAUGGUGUGAAUGUCAGCGUCAACGCAUCAGCGACCCCUUUCCAACAGCCCAGUGGCUACGGCUCUCAUGGGUACAGCACUGGUGUAUCCGUGACAUCCAGUAAUACAGGCGUGCCGGACAUCUCAGGCUCUGUCUACUCCAAAACUCAGCAAUCCUUCGAGAAGCAGGGAUUUCACACUGGAACCCCAGCAGCCUCCUUCAACCUGCCUUCGGCGCUGGGCAGCGGUGGCCCCAUCAACCCUGCGACGGCGGCGGCGUAUCCCCCGACCCCCUUCAUGCACAUCCUGACCCCGCAUCAGCAGCCGCACUCGCAGAUCCUCCACCACCACCUGCAGCAGGACGGGCAGAGCGGCUCUGGGCAGCGCAGCCAAGGCAGCUCCAUCCCCCAGAAAUCCCAGGCCAACAAAUCCGCCUACAACAGCUACAGCUGGGGCGCCAACUGAGGCCGGGCCCCCCCGCCACCACUUUGCUUCCGGAAGAGAAUCCCAGCUACCCCGAUGAUGCUGAAGGAUCCCAGGGAGGAGAGAGCCCUGUGGUGGGGAGCACCCAGGCCCCCACCCCUGGCAGGGUCCCGCAGGGCAGGCCGCAGGCGCCUCUGCGUUGUCUGUCUUCAGCCACUUUCCUGUUGUAUGUAAUAUAGAAUUUGUAUUUUUUUCUUUUUUUUUUUUUCCUUUUUUUUUCUCUCUGCAUUCAGAUCUGAACCGUUUGCCGUAGGGGCCUUUUUUGGUUUUUACUCCUUUCUGUCCCCUCUCCCCUCCUGCUGCCCCAGAACCUCUCAGAUCCAAAGGAGUGGAAGCUGCGAGUCGCCUACAGCAAACCCCCUUAUUAUUAGGAAUAAGACCAGUAAUUGAUAUGAGCAGCAUUGUAAGAUUAAUUAGUUGAAGUGUUUUUUUGUACCGUGUUCUAAAUUUAAUGGAUAAAUGUGUCUUGUAUAUAAAAACAAAAACCCCA